AUGCCUCUAGCCGACAUAAUCGUCCUCUUGAUCAUCAGCUACGCCAUCGGCGGCAGUCGCGACAGCCUGCCCGUCUUCCUACUGGGCAUGCUCCUGCUCAAUUCCGCGACGGACAUCCACAUCCCGCCGAGCCUGCGCGACGAGCUGGACAGGAGCACAACCUGUGAUCGAGCGUGUCAGCGGCGCGUGGUUGGGGGGGUGCUGUAUGAGCGGGAGAACCAUGCGCAUGAGCCGCUGGAUGCGUUUUACGCUGUACCGGUACACGGGACGUUCGAUUCGGCACGACCGGGGACGGUGCUCAAGGUGGAAGCCCAUACGGAGGUGGCGAAGUAUACUAUCCCAAGUGGAUUGACGAUGUCGCGGAUUAUGUAUGCGUCGCGGUCGCUGAAUGGGACCAUCGUGCCUGUUUCGGCGUUCGUGCUGUGGCCGUAUGUGCCGUUUGACUACGAUGACCUCAACAGGCCGGACGAUGCAGCGUCGAGUGCUGGAAUGGGCUUUCCAAUCGUUGCGUGGGCGCACGGAUCCUCGGGCCUUUUUGCCCCAUGCGCGCCGAGCAAUUAUCGCUCCCUGCAGUACAACUUUAUGAUGGUGUACGCGCUUGCACUGGAGGGGUUUGCCGUAAUCGCGACGGACUACGCUGGGCUCGGCGUUACACUUCCUGACGGGCAGGACCAUGCGUGGCUUGCUGGGCCGGCUGGGGCGGAUGAUGUCGCGUAUGCGAUUGAAGCGGCGAGGACGGCGUUCCCUGAUGUCCUGCAGCGAGAUGGACCUUUUGUCACGAUGGGUCAUUCGCAAGGUGGACAUGUAUCCUGGGCGUUUGCUGAGAGGAUGGUGGAGCGUCCCGUCCCUGGGUAUCGAGGCUCGAUUGCGAUUUCCCCUCCGACGGACGUGAUUGAGUGGGUUCGGCGCGCGCAGAGAGCCGUUGACAAGCACUUGCACGAUUCUUCUUUGACGCAGUUUCAGCUCCCGCCUUGGGUUCAGGGCGGCCUGAACAUCCAGCCACGCGUUAUAGCAGGUAUCACAGCCGUCUACCCCGAGUACAACUAUUCCGGCAUGAGCGAGAUCUCGUACGACCGGUGGCAUCACAUCCUCAAGCCGCUGCAGGGGUGCAUGGCGACCGACAGCCUCGCAUUCUCGUUCUCGGAGCCCAAAACCAAGAAGCACUGGACUCGAAACCGCGUUGUGAAGAAAUGGGCGAAGGCUGUAUCCGUAGGCGGGAAGAGGAUCGAGGGUCCGUUGCUUGUGAUCGCUGGCGAGGAGGAUGUAGUUCCGGUUGGUAUGCUUCGUGACGCUGUUCAAACGACUUGUAAGGUGUCUGAGAACCGCAAUCAGAGUCUUGAGCUGGUUACGUAUGAAGGGAUGGGCCAUUUCCCGGUCAUCCAGGCGAGUAGGGCACUGUGGAUGCGGUGGGUUAAGGAGCGGGUUACUGAUCGUGCUGAUGCUGGAGAGGACAUGGCAGCCCCGGGUAUGAACGGAAGUCAGAGCCAUUACGUCGGAGAAAGCAGUAUGCAGGGCUUGUGGAUGCAGUGGGCCAAUGGCUGGAUUAGGCCUGGGUUUGAUGGCCAUGCUCAGGAUAUGAGGGAUAGCAGAGGCAAGGAGGGAGGAGAAGGACGGAGUCACUGCGGGAGCGAGAAGGUCAUGCACGGCUUCAACGCCAACUACACUGUGCACAGCACGCCGCCGAAUUGGCUGGUUGGGUUGGCGCCUGUGGGCGAGGAGUGGAAGUAUCUGUUGUAG